AUGAUAGACAAGCCGCAAAAGAAGAUACCGGUGAAGGUGCUUAGGUACUUCCCCAUUGUGCCGAGAUUGAGAAGAUUGUUUCAAUCAGCAGCACUGGCUGAGCAGUUGAUAUGGCACGCGACGAACAAGAGUAAGGAUGGGAAGAUGCGUCAUCCAACAGAUUCUUUGGCUUGGAAGCACAUAGACACAAAGUAUCCCGAGUUUGCUUCAGAUCCCCGUAAUUUGCGUCUUGGGCUUGCUGCUGAUGGAUUUAAUCCAUUUGGUGAUCUUUCCGCAGCCCACAGUUGUUGGCCAGUGAUGCUCGUGGUUUAUAAUUUGCCCCCUCAAUUGUGUAUGCAAGGUGACAACAUAAUUCUGAGCAUGCUGAUUCCAGGAAAAAAACAACCGGGUAAUGACAUUGAUGUAUACUUGCAGCCCUUGAUUGAUGAUCUUUUUGAGUUGUGGGAGAAAGGGGUGCAGGUAUAUGAUUCGUUUACUAAAACAGAUUUUAACUUGAAGGCGUUAUUAAUGUGGACAAUAAACGAUUUCCCUGCAUAUGGUAAUUUAUCUGGAUGUACGUAUAAAGGGAAGGCAGCCUGUCCUCUUUGCGGUGAAAAUACACUUUCAAACUGGUUGGCAUUUAGUCGUAAAACUGUCUACUUGAAUCAUAGGAGAUUUCUUCGUCAUAAUCAUCCUCUUCGGCAGAAAAAAGACUGGUUUAAUGGAGAGAUUGAGAGGAAGGAAAAGCCACCUGUUAUGUCUGGUGCUGCGGCACUUGAAUGUCAGAAUAGUAUUACAAAUGAUUUUGGGAAAGCGGAGAAGAACGAGGAGGAGAUAAGGAAAAAGAAAGAGCAAAGAAGAAGAAUAAGGGCAAGAGUAGUGCGGCAGCAAGUGCAAAUGUGGGAUUUAUUACUACGGCACAAUAUUGAUGUUAUGCAUACAGAAAAAAAUGUUUGCGAGAGUAUUAUUGGUACCAUAUUGAAUAUAAAGUCCAAAACAAAAGACGGUCUAAAGUCCCGCAAUGAUCUGAAGAGUAUGGGAAUAAGACCAGAAUUACAUCCAGUAGAGAUAAAUGGAAAAACGAUCCUUCCACCAGCACCAUACUGUUUAAAUGACAAGGAAAAGGCUAUAUUGUAUAAUAGGAUGAGAAAUUUAAAGGUUCCAUAUGGUUUUAGUUCUGAUCUUAGAAAGCAUUUCUCAAAAGAUGGUUGCUUAGGUGUUCUUAAGGCUCAUGAUUACCAUGUUCUUAUGCAACAAAUAUUACCCGUUGCUUUGCAAGGACUUUUACCUGUAGGGCCAAGGGAGGCAAUUUUCAGGUUAUGUUCUUAUUUUCACGAAAUAUGCCAAAGGGCAGUUGAUCUCCAUAGAUUAAUAGAACUUGAAGUAGAAGUUGCUGAGACUUUGUGUAUGUUUGAGAGGUACUUCCCUCCGUCACUUUUUGAUGUCAUGAUGCACUUGACAAUUCACCUAGCUCGAGAAGUGCGAUUAUGUGGACCUGUACAAUAUCGUUGGAUGUAUCCAUUUGAAAGGUAUAUGAAGACAUUCAAAGAAUAUGUAAAGAAUUAUGCACAACCUGAAGCUUGUAUAGCCGAGUGUUAUCUUGGAAUGGAGAGUGUUAGGUAUUUUGAUAUUCGUAAGGCCCAAGCAGCUGAAACAGGAGUAGAGCAAAGGCGUAACGAAAACACUCAAAAUGGUUCCACACCGGCAGCACGUCCUCUUUCUAAAGGUGUCCAAGUGCGUAUGGAUGGUGAGAAGUUAAAGAUAGCUCACAGAUAUGUGCUUUUUAACACACCCGAAAUUGACCCAUAUAUGAUAAUGCAUAUGGACGAGUUAAAAUCUCCUGCUGGGAGGGCAAUUACUGGUGAAGACCAACUCAAUUCCAUACAGUCUGACACAUUUGCAGAUUGGUUUCAACAAAAGGUUAAGAUGCAAAUUGAACAAGGCAUGCCAAUAUCACACACGGUAGAAUGGUUGUCAUAUGGGCCGUUGGAAAACUGCAUAUCAUAUAAAGGCUUGCUUAUCAAUAACACUAGGUUUAUUACGAAGGAUGUUAAGAGAGUCACACAAAACAGUGGAGUUUCAAUUGAAUCAACAACCUUAGUUGCAGGAUUGUCAGAAACUAGUGGGUUCUAUGGUGUUUUAGAAGAAAUUCUAUUGUUGGACUACAAUCAUAUGUUUCAAAUUCCAAUAUUCAAAUGUGAUUGGGCUCACACCAAUUUUGGUGUGAAGGUAGAAGAUGGCUUUACAUUAGUCAAUUUAAAGCAGCAUAAGAACCAAUACUGUAACGAUCCAUUCAUUUUAGCAAAGCAAGCGCGACAAGUUUUCUAUUCUCGAGAGUCAAAUACAUCUAACUGGUAUGUGAUGGUGAAACCACCGCCCAGGGGUUUCCAUGAAUUAGAGGAAUACAAUGAAAAGCAUGACACAAUUUUCCAACCAGUGGAUAUUUCAACUCUUGGUUUCCAAAUGGAUGACGAGAACGAGAGUUACUUAAGAGAAGAUGGGGAAUAUACCAUAGUGGUUCCGACAAAGAAGAAGAACAAAAAGAAGAAGAAAAAGAAGUUCACAACUGAGUGUGUAGUUCUGUAUGAGUUUCCUGUUAUUCUCAAGUUUCUUGCUACAGCUGAGUGGCUGCUUUUGUUAUCAUCAUUUGUGUGUGAAUAUCGGUUUGAAGAUGGUAAUGUUUUUCAGAAUAUUUGUUUGUUUGAUGGUAUACUUUUGCCAUAA